AUGGCAACUAUACCCACCACAGCCACCGCGACCAUGUGUCCAUCUCCUCCAGUCCCAACAAUUUCUCCGUUACUCAGAACAACUCACCAAUGUCAACCAUCUCCUUCUUCCUCUUCCUCAUCUUCCAUAAAGCUUGGUACGGCUCUUGUAUCUGAGAGCUCGGAAGGAGCAAAACUUGAGAAUCUGGGAACAAGUGUUGAAGAUAAAGAAAUGGUAUCAAUUUUGUUGUCCAGUAGCACUGGGAAAGGGAACAAGAAGCGUAGUGUUAAUGAGAUAUUAUGUAGAAGAAGAGAAGCGAGAGAAAAGAUUACUCGUUGUUACCGGAGGCUCGUUGUCUCUAUUGCAACAGGUUACCAAGGCAAAGGGUUGAAUCUACAAGAUUUGAUUCAAGAAGGAAGCAUUGGUCUACUUCGAGGAGCUGAAAGAUUUGAUCCAGAACGAGGAUACAAACUCUCUACUUAUGUCUACUGGUGGAUCAAACAAGCCAUCUUAAGGGCUAUCGCGCACAAGUCUAGACUAGUCAAAUUGCCGGGAAGCAUGUGGGAGUUGACUGCAAAAGUUGCAGAAGCUAGUAAUGUGUUGACUAGGAAACUAAGACGGACACCGAGCUGCGAAGAGAUUGCAGAACACCUUAACAUCCAUGUAUCUGCGGUUAGACUUGCCGUGGAUCGGAGCAGAUCCCCUGUUUCGUUGGACCGAGUGGCGUCUCAAAAUGGCCGCAUGACAUUACAGGAGAUUAUACGAGGACCGGAAGAAACAAGGCCAGAGGAGAUGGUGAAACGGGAACUCAUGAAGCAAGAGAUUGAACAGCUUUUGGGAACUCUUACCGCGAGAGAAUCUCGAGUAUUGGGACUCUAUUUUGGGCUCAAUGGAGAGACUCCUAUGUCUUUUGAAGAGAUAGGUAAGUUGUGGAAGCUUUCAAGAGAAAGGGUGAGGCAAAUCAAUGGCAUUGCUUUGGCGAAACUACGAAAUGUACAUAAUGUGAAUGAUUUGAGAAUAUACUAUUCCUCUAGUGAAUGA